UUGGGUGGACGACAUUAGAGAAAGGACUUAAUUCCCGUCGGGGUGUUAUACACCGUCGACAUUUAGUUAUAACGCAGAAGACCUAAAACCCCUCACCACCACAUCCCUGUCGCAAAACCAUGGCCGGCAACGACGGCGAGCUGACCACCGACGACUCUAUGGACUGGUCGGCCAUGAGUGCGCGCAUCAACUCCUUCCGGCACUUCCCGCGCGCCAAGGAGGUGUCGGCCGAGCGGCUGGCCCGCGCCGGCUUCUACUUCACGGGCCGGGCCGACCAGGUGCGCUGCUUCAGCUGCCAGCAGACGGUGGAGAACUGGAGCAGCGCCGACACGCCCGUCAGCCGUCACAUGCAAGCCUCCCCCUCCUGCACUUUCCUCAACUGUGUCCACCGCACCGGAAACGCGGGCCUCUCCCCUCCGCUGACCAACGGCUCGGCCUACGACGAAGAGGCCGAGGCCAUGGACUUCAGUCUGCGCACGGGAGAGGUGGUGGACGAGUCCACGUAUCCCAUGAUGCCCCACAUGCGCGAGGAGGACGCCCGGUUCCGGAGCUUCGGCAGCUCGUGGGCCGUAUCGGUGCCCGUGAGGCCCAAGCAACUGGCCCAGGCCGGGCUGUAUUACCUGGGGGAGGCAGACCGUGUGCAGUGCUUCUGCUGCGGGGGCAUGCUGGCCGGAUGGGAGCCGGGAGACGAGCCCUGGAGCGAACACUCCCGCCAUUUCCCAAACUGCUUCUUCAUCCUGGGUCACGACGUGGGGAACGUGCCGUCCACCGCAGCCGUGUCCCUAGAGAGCGACGGUGGCCCGCGCGUGCCCAUGGAGUCGUUUGAGGAGCGGCUGGAGAGCUUCGCGGGAAGGCCACAUCCCGUGGACACAGAGAGGCUGGCCAGGGCGGGCUUCUACAGCAAAGGCACUUCAGACCACGUGAUGUGCUUCCGGUGUGGCGGUGGCCUGAAGAGCUGGCAGCCUGGUGAGGAUCCCUGGGAGCAGCAUGCUAAGUACUACCCUGGGUGCAGUUUCCUUUUGUCAGAGAAAGGUCAUGAGUUUGUGAACAGCAUACAACUUCAAAACCCCAGCAGGAGCAAUUCAGCUUCACAUCCUCACCAGAAUGGAUUUUCAAAACAUGAGAAAGUGACCAACACUAUGCAGUCCGAGAUCGCCCAGAGGGCGGUGGAGAUGGGCUUUGACCCGGUCAAGGUGGAGAGGGCCAUUCUGGAGAAGAUGAGGCGGACGGGAGAGGGCUACUCCAAGGUCGAGACGCUCAUUCAGGACGUUCUCAGCAACUCUGCUGAUGACGAAUCUGCAGAACAAGGCAGCAAUGAGGAUGAGAAUCCUUUGGAGAAGUUAGAGAAGCUCCAGAGGGAGAAACAGUGUAAAGUCUGCAUGGACAGUGAUGCAUGCAUGGUGUUUGUGCCGUGUGGACACUUGGCCACCUGCAAGAGGUGCUCGGAUGCCCUUGACAAAUGCCCUAUCUGUUGUGCGGUUAUCAUGCAGAAAAUCAAAACUUACAUCUCUUAAAGCGAAAACUAGUCAAAUGUUGACCACGUGCUGCUUAGCAAAUAGGCUACCAUUCCCCAGAUUGUCUGUAUAUAAUAAUAUUUUAUUUAAGUACUUUUGUACAUGUUGACAAUUAAUUUAGGUCUUUUUCUAUCUCAGGAUAAUGAUGUAUAUAAUGUAAAGUAUACUUGCUUGAUUGCACAGUUCAGUGGAUGUUUUGAUGAAACACAAAAUAGCUUUGAAAUCAUCCAUUUUAGACAUACUUCACAUUUGGUUUAAUUAUGCUUUGGGUAGACCCUGUCUAGAUCAUCUGUGUAAAGUGUGCCUUAAUCAUACCUUCUUGUUCUUAAACUCAAUACUCAAUGUGUUAUGUUUAUUUUAAAUUCUUUUUCAAGGUAUAUUAAUUUGUUAUUUUCAGUGUGUGCUUAGAGACAGCUCAUUUCUAAACCCAUAUGUAUGGGUUACCUCUUCAUAACCAAGUUUUCAGUUUGUUUUACUACAAGUAUGGCUUUGGACACUUUAAUCAUGUUCAAUAAAUCGUUUUAAAUGUA